UUUCGCAUCACUAGUGCACACUCAUCAAAUUCAUCGCAGUUGUUACGUGAAAAAGUUGUCAAAGGCUGAUUUUGUUUAGUUUAAGUGUUUAAUAAAUAUUUUUCACUUCAUUAAAGUGCGUUAAACGAAUUGUACAAAUGUAUUAAUAUUAAAAGCUAACAACUGCAUUUUUUUUGAAAAUCGUGAUACGGAAUAUAAGAGAAGCCACAGGAAUUCAAGAAGAAAGCCUGAUUAUGGAUCAUAUAUUCCAAUCGUAUCCGGAGGAUGCACGCCGCAUUGGCGAAGAGUAUUUAUCCAGUCUAACGGAUUUGAAUUGCAAUAGCAAGCCGCUCAUCAAUAUGCUCACCAUGCUCGCCGAGGAGAAUAUCAACUAUGCCCAUGUCAUUGUGCGCGUGGUGGAAUAUCACAUCAGCCAGGUGCCGCCCGAAUUCAAAUUGCCCAUACUAUAUUUAAUUGAUUCAAUAAUUAAGAAUGUGAAAAGCAGCUACGUUCAGCUGUUUGGGCAAUGCAUAGUCAACAUAUUUCUCAACGCCUUCGAGUCGGUACAACACUCGCCAUCGCAGGUGCUGGAGAAAGUGCGUGAGCGCAUGUAUCUGCUCCGGCAGACCUGGAACGAUGUGUUCCCGCCAUCCAAAAUGUAUGCCCUAGAUGUUAAGGUCAAACGUCUGGACAACAAUUGGCCGAUUACUGCCAAACCAAGUCAGCCAAACAAAAUACACGUUAAUCCUGCCAUUCAUGUCAAUCCCGAUUUUCUGAAGACGGGCAUGGUGCCUAUGCCGGUGAACUCGGCCCUGCCUGGAGACAUGGAGGAGAUAUUACAGGCCAAAACUCGUGAGCUGCUGGAGCUCAAGAAGCGCAAGCUGGAACUUGAAUUGGAGCAAACUAAAAUGCAUUUAAAGGAACAGGAGCGUCAACUAAGUCAAGCAGCAGAUGCCAUUGCUGUAGCGCCAAUCGGCAUGCCUGCUCCCGUAUCCGUACUGCGUCCACCAGGCAUGGAAACUGUCAUACCACCAACUGUGGCGGCUCCCAUGUAUCCCAGCGGCAUGCGCCACGUGCGUCCCAUGGCGCCUGUUGCGGCCGGCGGCAUGAUUCCAAUAAUUGGACAACCGCCUUUUGCCAACAAACCAAAAGUGCAUCCGGUUAAUCCGGCUAUGCUCAAUUCGGUACGUCCGCGCGAUCCGCGCCUGGCGCGCCAAAUGCAGCCGCAACAGUCAGCACAAAUGGCAGCGCCCAUGCGUGCACUGGAUCCACGCCUCGAGAACCACAAAACUUCCGCUCCCUCCAGCUCCUCAACAACAACACACAAAUCUAGUCGAUCGCGCAGCAAAUCACCCCUGCGCAACACAGGCAGCAACCGCUCCAGCAAGUUAGGUAGCAGCAGCAGUAAUCAUCACAGCUCCUCAAGCAACCGAAAGCGAAGCGAAUCCAAAAGCUCUACUGCCUCAACAUCAUCCUCUGGCUCUGAUGGCAGGCACAAGGGCGGCAACAGCAGCAGUGUCUCGCCUGUCAAGCGUACGUCAAGCUCGCGCGACAAGCAUUCGGGCAAGGAGCAUAACGAACGCAAUGCACACAAUGGCGGUUCGCCGGCAAUCAGUAAGCGCAAGAGCAGCUCACCCGCUAGCUCACCAGCCAAAUCUAAGCGCAAUGCCACACACAAAACUAUAACCGGCCGCAGCAAAUCCGGUGGCACCAGCAAUGCGCGAUCGCGCAGUCGAUCGCCAAUUUACUUGGAUGUGGACAUGCGCAGCGUGGAGCGCAGCAAAUCACCAGAGCCAACGAAGACAACACCAGCUGUAACAGUAGCUCCAGCAGCUGCAGCAGACGCCACGGCCACAACAGCGACAACUCCAGUUAACGCCGUCAUCGCAAAUGAUUUAGAGAAACCGAAUUUAUCAACAGCAACAAUGCUAACAGCAGCAGCAACAACAACAGCAGCACCAGCAACAGUCGCCACGAACGCGACCGGCGUCAGACAAUCCUCGCCAGCGCCCGCGUCAUCGGAGUCUCUUGGCAAGCAGCUGUCGCAGGGCGCCGGUGAGAAGCGUUCAGCUGGUCAGCUGCCGCCCGAUGGCGAUACCGAUGAGGAGGAUAAACAGCAGCAACCACAACAGAAACGCAGCAAAUCCACCAAACUGGAUGCUCUCUUUGGCAGCGAGGAUGUCGAUUUGCGACGCGAGUUGCCUGUCAAACCAAAUACUAUUGUGCCAGGUGCCGUUAUUGUCGUCGAAGAUGACUCUAUGGACAAUUGGGAGGCCAACAAGCAAACUGCCAAACAACCUUCGUCGCCCGUCAAAAAGCCCACGCUGGAUGAACUACGCGCCAAAUUGGCCAAGACUGUGCGUCACAACAACAAGAUAUCUAAGGAAAAAUCCAAAGAGCAUCCCAUGGCGCAGCGUAUUAAGCAGCUGUCGGAGCUAAAGUCCAACGAUGACUCGCAGGAGGCGCACGACGAAAAGAUGCGCACGAUUCUCAGCCAGGCGCAGGAGAUGUUCGAGAAUCACGGAAUGAAUCAGGAACAAUACAAAGAGCUAGUCAGCAAGGUGGUGGUCAUGAGCGAGAGCAGUAAAUUGAAGGAGCGACGCCGCGAGGCCGCCGAUGAUGAGGAUAUGGAACGCAAUGCCGCACGCGAUGCGGUGCUGCGUAAGCGCAUACCCAAACUGAAGGGCAAUGAAAACCACGCCUCCAGUUCGCCGCGCAGCGAUGGUGAGCCACGUUACGAGGAGCAGCUGAUGCCGGCGCAGGCCAUGCCCGAAAAACCACAGCAGCCGCCCAAGCAGAAGAAUAAACGUGAUGGCAAGCGGCGUAAGCCUAGCAAAUGGGGCGAGCAGGUGGAUCCGGCGGCAGCACAACGAGCCGCUUGGCAGCUGGCCCAGAACAACAAUAAUAAUAACAACAACAACAAGCGCAUGGCAGGAGGCAAUGUGGCAGCCGGCGGAGGUGGCGGCGGUGGUUUUCGCGGCAUGCCAUGGCAGCAUCCACCGCUGGUUAUGACACAAACUGCGGUGCCACCACCACCGCAGCCGCCCUCAAUGCUGUCACUACCGCCUGUGCCGCCGGUAAGCAUAACCAAGGCCAUUAAUUCAUUGGAUAAUCCGAUGGCGGAUGUGGUGCGCAGCAUAACCAUCGAUGGCGGCAGCAAGGAGAUACGCUUUUAUAACCAGGUGGCCAUCAUAUUCAUGGAUGGCGAUGAGCCGCACGAGAUUGGCUUUCAGCAUGGCCAGCGUGCCAUCUACAUUGAUCACAAUGAGCCGCUGGCGUUGAGCUUCAACGAUGACUACAAGCCCUUUCAGUUGGAUGGGCAACUGCAUCGCAUACGCUUUGGCCAUCCCUCCCGUGAGCUAUAUAUCGAUGAGCACUGGUAUGAGAUCUACUUUGGUGGGCCGCCCGUUUCCCUGCCGAUUGGCAACAAACUGCACGUACUGAAGGCGGAGGGACCACCCCCCAAUGUGGACAUAGGCCGCGUGCGCCGGGAUCUGGUUGUAGGCAAGAUCAACAUGAUUGUCGAUGCACACACAAUAGUGCCGCUCUUCCUGGACGGGCGUCAGCAGACGUUCCAUUUGGGCGCCGAGCAGCAUUCUCUGCAAUUUGUGGACAGUUUCUUGUAUGCGCUGCUCGAUGGGCAGCUCCAGAAGCUAGAAUAUGGCGGCUUGCCCAAGAGCAUGAAGUUAAAUGGUGGCCGCAAUUGUUUCAUACGCUUUGGCACAUUGCCCAAAGGAGUGCAGGCGGGCAAGGCGCAUGUUCAGGAUAUGGUGUACAUUAAGACCGAGGCGCCAGCGGAGCCUCCACAGCCGCCGCCACUGCCAGUGCCCGUGAUUGCAGCCGCAGCACCGCCAGCAGUUCCGACGCCCGAGCAGCCAGCAGCGGCUCCAACAACAACUCCAGCUCCCGCAGUCCCACUGCCCGUGGCUGCAGCUGCUCUAGGUAAUCUCAACAUUGAUGAGCUCUUCCAGAAACUCGUCUCGUCUGGCAUAAUUGGUGGAUCAGCGACAUCUGCUGUUGCAAGCAGUAGCGGCGCCGUCAAAGCACCUGCUGUGGAGACGACCUCCAGCUCCAGCAAAGAUGCAAAUGCAGCAGCAGCAGCAGCUGCGCCUGCUGCACCGCCCACGGAGCCCAUUAAGCGCAUUGAACUUCACAAACCAGAAACAAUCAAGACGCGACAGUCGGCUGUUAUAGCCACCUUAUAUUUGGGCAUGCAGUGCAGCAGCUGUGGUGUACGCUUCCCGCCUGAGCAGACCAUCAAGUAUAGCCAACACUUGGACUGGCAUUUCCGACAAAAUCGGCGGGAACGUGACUCGACGCGCAAGGCAACGUCCAGACGUUGGUUUUAUGAUCUCAAUGAUUGGCGGCAAUACGAAGAAAUUGAGGAUGUGGAGGAGCGUGAAAGGAACUUCCUGGAGGCGCAGGGUCAGCAACUGGGACCCGAUGCCAUCGAUGAGGUGUCGCAGCAGCGUUCAUUGGACUCACCCGUGCCCAGCUGUGCCGCUGGCACGGAUGAUUUGGAUCGCGGCUGUGAUAUGUGUCACGAGAAAUUCGAACAGUUCUACAACGAAGAGCUGGAGGAAUGGCAUCUUCGCUCGGCUAUACGGGUGGACGAGAAAAUCUAUCAUCCUCUGUGCUAUGAAGACUACAAGGCGUCUCUUAAUCCGCCGGCGGCAGUAAAUGAUUCCACGACCAAUGGGGAUAUGGAUAUGCUUAAUGCCAGCGAUGACAAUGCCAUGGAUACGCUUAUCAAGCUGGAGGAUGACUCGGAUGAUGCCAAUAAGACAUCAACCAUGCUGCUGGAUGACGAUGAUGACGAUGUCAUUGUGCUGCCUAAUGAGGAGCCGAGUGUUACAGAAAUCGUCGACGACGAUGAUGAUGAAUAUGUGCCGAUGGCUGUGACUGCCGAACCAGAGACAGAGGCGCCAAGUGAGAAGCCAACAAUGUCAGCAACUUCUAGCGAACAGGAGCAACAGAACGAACAACAAAAGGAUGAAGAACAACAACAACAACAAAGGGCAGAGAAUGCCAAUGAGUCAGAUGUAGAGAUACAGGAGCCAAACAUUCCCUUUACCGAUUUGGACACCUACGUAGAAAAAGAGCCAGUGCCAAUGCUUAAUGUUAAAAUCAAAGAGGAGCCCAAAGAUGAUGACGAAGAGGACGAAGAUGACGGCUUUGAGGAUGUGGGCACGGUGGUACAAUUGCUGCCACUGCCAGAAGAUGAAAUAUCUAUACUAAGCAGUGAAACUCAAACCCAGACUAUCGAUUCAACCGCCUCGCCGGCAACCCUGGAGCGUCCCGCCUCGGUAACAUCGCUUUCUAUGACGGCCAAUGAGGAUGAUCUGGAACUGGAGCCAAGCAAUGCGAUGACAGGCAACAGCGAGGCUGAAUUUAAUGGUGAGAAUCCACAGGAGACGCAUAAUCUGAGCGCAGCGGGACCGGGGCCGGCGUUACCUUUGGCUAGCAUAGUUAAUAAAAUAAAAAUAAAUAUCACUAAGAAUACAAGUAGUAAUAGUCAUAAUAGUGCCUCAACAACAACGACGACGUCGGCAGCGGCAACAGCAGCAGCAGCAACGGACUCGCAAGUGUCGGCCAUAAGUGUCAUUGGCGCCACGGGAAAUUCCGAUGUGCAUCAGCAGCAGAAUUCCAUACAAACAAUUUCAACAAUUCCAGUGCUGUGCGGAGGCAACACGUUUGUGCCGAAGAUUGCCACCAGCAACAGCAGCAGCUGCAUUAAUGCGCCGCCUGCAAACAUUAGUUCCAUUUCGGUUAUUGGCAGCAGCUACGGCAGCAGCAGCAGCAACAACAACAAUAAUGUCAACUCACGUUUGCCCACACUAGCAACAACAACAACAACAACAGCAACAUCAUCGCUGGGCGCGCCAGCAGCAUCAACUGGCAGCAGCAGUGGCGGCGGCGGCGGCGGCUCAGCAACGACGGCCGCUGCGCAAAAGUCGAUAACACCACCACCCGCUGCAGUUGAAGCUGAGCCGGAGCCUGUUAUCGAACUGAAGCCGGCGCUGCGACAGGUGACGCUCAAGAAAACGAAGAAAGUGCAAAAUGGCGUCGAAACGUCGGGCCUGUGCUCGAUCAUGUAAAAGUGAGAGGGCACAUGCCCAUUAUUCCUAUUCUCACUUAAUGUGUUUUUUAUAAUUAGCAAUCUUAAAAUUUUAAUUUAGAACGUUACUUAGUUUUAGGCAAUUACAGACGCGCGGUCAAUAGCGUGUUUUUGGUUCUCCGUAGGUACCUUAACUUCCCCUCCACUUUCAUAAACCAAACCAACCAACGCCUGCCUGGGCAGCGCACAGAGCGCAACACUUAAUUUAUUUUUAUUACCAUAAUAAUGCAAAUAAAAAGAAAAACUUACACAAAACGAGAAAUCAACGUAUACAUAAUUUGUGAUAAUUUUAUAACACUCGGGAGAACAUAUUCAGUUAGACAAAUCAAACUUAAUUCAUCAUUAUAAUUUAUGUAAUGCGUGUUUGCUAAAUUUGAAACAAUAAAUGAAAAACGGAAUUCAAA